UCGCUGACUUCGCCGCCGCCACCGCUCCCGCCUCCUCGUCGCCGGCAACGCCGCUGAUGCUCCCGGAAGUGACGCUGGAGGGAGCUCGAGCCGAGGCGAGCCCCACGGCCUCUCCUCCCUGCGGUGACAUUUUCCCUCCCUUCCUGCUGGGCCGAGGAGGAGGCGGCAGAAGAAGAACUGGUGGCGGCGACGACGGCGGCACAGCAGGAGGAGGGAGGAGACCCGGCCCCUCAUGCUCGACCUGGUCCCUUCCGCGGGGCCUGAGGCCGGGAGGAGCGGCGGCGGUUGCGGUGGUGGUGGCGGCUGCGGUGGUGGUGGCGGCGGCCCUGUGAAUUUGGUCGUGAAACACAGCCAGAAUGACAACUUUGGAUACCCAAGUCUUCUGUCCACAGAACAGGUACAGCAGUGACAGCAGUAGCUGAAGGAUAAGAAGCAAUUACCCUAUCAAAUAACUACUCAGCAAAAAAAUUGAGCUUGUUGCUUUCCUGCUGAAGCCCUUGGCUAGUUUGUGCUGUCCGCUAGACACUGUGCUCCAUGCUUUGAGACCAGGAGAGAUUUAAAAUUCUGAAAUGAAGAUGGAGGCAGCAGACAAAGUAGAAGAACCCAUUGACCCAGAAGUUCCAUCAAAACUCCCUGAAAAACAAGAAGCAGCUCUGGGUGAAGAGGGAUCUGUAGAAUUAGAAAUGCAUACACAGAAAGAGAGCGGAGCUGCUGUAGAGGAUUCAACAGUGCUUGCCUCAAUGCCAUGCUUGCUGAUGGAACUGAGACGAGACUCAUCAGAAUCUCAGCUAGCAUCAACAGAAAGUGACAAACCAACAGCUGGUCGUGUUUACGAGAGUGACUCUUCCAAUCAUUGCAUGCUAUCCCCUUCUUCCAGCGGGCACUUGGCUGAUUCAGACACUUUGUCUUCCGCUGAAGAGAAUGAGCCCAGGCAAGCUGAAGCAACUACAGAGGGAGAUGCUUCUGCAAUGUCAGGGUCUACUCUUGGGAGGAAAUCCAGGCGGUCAAGGUCAGAGAGUGAAACCUCAACAAUGGCUGCAAAGAAAAACCGGCAGUCUAGUGAUAAGCAGAACGGUCGUGUUGCUAAGGUCAAAGGUCACCGGAGCCAAAAGCACAAAGAGAGAAUUCGAUUACUGAGGCAGAAACGAGAGGCGGCUGCCCGCAAGAAAUACAACCUGCUGCAGGACAGCAGUACCAGUGAUAGUGACCUGACCUGUGACUCAAGCACGAGUUCAUCAGAUGAUGAUGAAGAAGUUUCAGGGAGCAGCAAGACAAUCACUGCAGAGAUACCAGAUGGAGCUCCGGUUGUAGCCCAUUAUGAUAUCUCGGACACCAACUCUGACCCAGAAGUGGUGAAUGUGGACAAUCUAUUGGCAGCUGCAGUAGUUCAAGAGCACAACAGUUCUGUCGUUAACCAGGACACUGGGCCUACUUGGAGGACGAAAGGGCUGCUAGAGGAGCUGAAUGUCAAGACAGAUCACUUGGAUGCUGGAUUCCUGGCAAGCGACAAAACCCCCACCAGCAACACCCACCAGGUCAAUGAAGAAAUUAAUAUUGCGUCAUCAGAUAGCGAAGUGGAAAUUGUGGGAGUUCAGGAACAUGCAAGGAAAGAAGUGUGGCAAACAGCAGGGGAAAACGGAAUUCCAGGCAUAGGGAGAAGUGAAGUGAAAGCAGAGAAAGCCAGUGAGAUGACAAAAGGAAAGGCAAGCAGCGAAAAUGAAGAACCCUUUGAGCAAAGAUGUGUCCAUCCUCGGGGAGGAGUGAUUCAAAGUGUGUCUUCCCGAAAACACGGCUCAGGCCUGCAGUGCACCCGGCAAUCAGAACCAUGGACAGGUGUGCCCCCCCCACAGAAUUGGUCUUCACCACCUGAAGUGGUGGAUCUCACGCUAGACGAGGACAGCAGGCGCAAAUACCUACUGUAAUGCAAUUUCACUGUGUUUUUAGUCACUUAGCCCCCUCCCCUUUUGUGGCACAGAGGUUCCUGGUUAUCUCCUUGCUGUUCAAAGCCUCUGCUCCUGGCAUUCUGGAAUUCAGACUCCUCCGGGAGAAUUUCCUCCUCUCCCAAAGUCCACCCCCCAACCCCCCCAUUAAAACUGCAUUGUAAUUUCAGAACUUGCCAUGAGAUAUUGACACCUCCAUAGUCCAAGGGAGCUUUCCCUGUUAGGGAAAACUUAGUGGCACUGAACUUCAAUAACAACUUCCAGGUUUUCCAUUGUGUGUUAUUAAUUUAGCGCAUUUGUUGACAUAAGCACACCUUCCCACCCAUGUGCUUUAGAGAGCCGUACAGAUUCUUUAAUUCACCACUAAAAUGGAUGCCGCUGGUGCAGGUAGAGUUUUAUUUUCAUUCUCCCUUGCAGCACUAAGCAUUUUAAAAAAUACCACUGGCCUGAUUUGUUCAUAGCUCUGAAUGAUUGUUGUUUAACUGUGGGAGCUUAGAAGUGUUGAGUGUGACUAGGGGAAUUCAUAGCCCCGAGUUGAUUUGGUUACAAAACCAGCAGGACUUGAUCACAAAAGGUCUAUAAACAUGCACUGAGCAGCUUUAUUUAAAACUCUAAAGAUGAUCCUGAACAUCAUUUGUAGCUUGUACACUGCUCAGUGCUUAGUCUUCUAAUAUGCAUUUUAUUUUUCUCUAGACUACUGUACUGUUAUUGGUCAUUUGGCCCAGAUUGUUACAGCUUUUUUUUCAUCCAAAACAAAGAAAAGCACAAGGAAGUGAAGCAUCACAAAAGACAUCAGUACCUAAUUCUGAUCUCAGGUGUGCUUUUCAUGUCAGGUCUGGGUGCAGCCUAACCCAUAUCUCUGUGUUUGGAGAUAGGUAAAAGUGGAGCAUGCACGCUGGAGUUGGAUCUUUCUGGCUUGGGCUGCAUUCAUACACAUGAAUUUCAGUUUUCAACAAACCCUUAACACUCUAUGCUUCCUGUUUUAUUCCCAGCAAGAGAAGAAUUAGAGGAGGCUGCAGGGAUACAGACUCCUCUUCCACGAGAAGUAUUUUCUCUGCCGUGUGAAUGUUACCAGAGUAGGCUUGGUUCAAUCUCUUCUCAGGAUGGCUGAUACUUCCUCUGUUUAAAGCAGAGCAAGAAAACUCAGAGAGUGAGCCUCGUGUUGCUUCUCUGAAUAUUACCUUCGGGAAAACAUGAGGUUCUGUAUGCAAAGCAUGUGUGAUCAAAAAUAGAACAUGUCCUGUUGUAUAGCCCCUACAGAAUUAGCCAAUGCUGCUUUGCCUUUAUCCAUUUGAAUGCUGUCUCAGAAAGAGGGAUGAACUCUGUAACAGCAACCGAUGUUUUGCCAUAUGUAUAGAUCGCUUCAUGAAGAGCAGGUGUGAGGAGGCUUUGGCCUUCCAGAUGUGACUAAACUACAACUCCCAUCAUCCAUGGGCACUGGCUGUGCUUGCUGGGGUUGAUGUGAGUUGUAGUCCAACAACAACUGGAGGAUCAAAGGUUGACCAUACCUGAUGUAGAGGUGGAAAAAUGGGGACAAUUGAGUUUCAUUUUUUACACAUCUUCAGAGACGAGGUAUUGACUUAUAAGUGUAUGUAACAUGAGAAACAGCCCCUUUUACUUAAGUCUCUUAAAUGUUUCGAUCUUCUUUUGAAAUCUUGACUGCUGGACUUCACCAGCUCUUGGAUUUGUGCCUCUUGGCUUCCUGGUCCAGAUUCCUUCUUCAAGUCCUGCCAUUUGCUGCAAGCUAAGAUUCUGACCAUCCUUCCCCCAUGCCUUCUGUUCUCAUGCAAGGGAUGGUAGGAGUUACACUGCACCGUAAUGGCAGCUGGACCCGUUGGGGAUGUGAGAUUUUCACGUUUGUCCAAUGAGCCUUCAUUGUAGAGUCCACUGUAAAUCCAGACAAAGUUCUUCUGCUUGAUUCCUGAUCAGUGGUGGCCUCAAAUGUAAGCAGACCUAGGGGAAUUUCUGAAUAAUAUGUGGGUGCUGCCCUUUGCUCCUAAAACUCCUUGAGUGUCUUGACAGUUCAGAUGACCAGGUUAUUCACGCAGUGCUUUCAGUUCUGUGACUGGUCCUCAGAAAAUAUUCUCUCCCUCCCUCCCUCUCUCUCUUUCUCCCUCCCUCCCUCCCUCCCUCCCUCCCUCCCUCCCUCCCUCCCUCUCUCUCUCCCCCUCUCUCCCUCCCUCCCUGUCUCUCUCUCUCUCCCCCCUCCCUGUCUCGCUCUCCCCCCUCUCCCUCCCCCCUCUCCCUCCCCCUCUCCCCCUCUCCCUCCCUCCCUCUCCCUCUCUCUCUCUCUCUCUCUCUCCCUCUCUUUCUCUCUCUCUCUCUCUCUCUCUGUGCAUGGGCAAUAGCUGUCUGUGGACCAAACCUUUGCAUAUGGGCAGGAUUCUCACUGUGUGUCUGGGUUAUUAAAGUAUGGGAAUAUUCUAGGACACUCACAAGUUGAGGAAGAGCUUCAAUUCAUGCAUAACCUUGUAAGAAUAGAAGAGGAAUGUCAUUGCAUUCAUCCAGGUGGGGUUAUUCCAUGCAUUCCUGGGGGCAAGGGGCAGAUCUAGCCCUAUUGAUGUUUGCUCAAAGGCAAACCAAGAGACUUCAAUAAUCAUUUACACUAGAGUAGAUCCAGUCUGUUAAAGGAACAUGCAUUUAAUGGUUAAUGACACAAAGCCAGUUUUCAGUUAAAAUCUGUUAAUUGUGCAAUGCCUGUUUGUGUUUUUAUACUGAAUUGAACAUCAUUUACUCUUCCAAGAGAGUUUUUAUGCCCGCUAGGUUAUACUGUACAUGCUAAAAAGGCCUUUCUCAGUCCCCAUCUGUGAUUGGUCAUAUGAAGGCCAGCAUGGAGCUUGUUCACCCUUCUCAGGUUGGUUCAGUGGGCAAGAGGUUUUUGUUUUUCCCUGGAUGCCAGUCCAUCCCAUGAGUAGUAGUCUGCCAUCUGGCAUUCAAGGACAGGAAAUGCACUGAAGCCUGUGGCUGAGGAAGUAGUUGGGCGUCACUCGCUUGCAGACCCCAGUUCAUUUCCUGUCCUGGUCCAAGGCAGAUGUUCUUAGUCCUACUCCAUGAGUUUUUUCUAUCUAACUUCUCCCUUUUUUGAAUUUACCUUUCCUGUUUUUCUGCUUAUUCUCUUCCCUGGUGGUGGGGUUGGGAUCUUUGCUCCCCCUUUACCUCCCCCACCGGGAUUACCAAGCAGGGGGAGCUCGUUAGAGCUCUAUAGACUCUUCCCCCCCUUUUUCUCUUUUUUAGUUAACCGGCUUCUGGGAAACUUAAUCUGCUUCAGCCGGACCUACUCCUCUACUCUUCCUCUCCGAUCCGAAGAAGGGUAAAAGAGUCCUUUUUUUACCCCUAGGAGGGGUUUUUCUCCCUCUUUUUCAAUGUUGGUGUGAAUGGGCACCAUUUUUUCUUCUUGCUCCUGCCAUUACCUGGGCUCCCACGGGACCAUUCAGCAGUUCUGCAGAUGUGGCUGGUAUUUAAGGUUGCUCUUGAGGCCAACUAUGGGUAGUUUUGUGGCUUUAUGAAGUCAGAAGGAUGCAAUUGCACGUCAGAGAACAACUAGAUAACAGGUUCCUGCAGAGUAGUAGAGUGAUCCUUCCCUAACCCUUCCUUGAUUACAACAAGGUGGACCUGGACACUGGGAGUUGGAUUGUGCUUGGGAGCUACAGGAAGCCAGGGCUUGACUUGUUGCAGCAGGUAACAUAUUGUAUAUUAUAGUUCCUGUUGAGAUUGCCAGCUUCUGACCUGGAGACGGCACCUGUUGCUUUAACAGCUCCGAGGUGGUGAUGCCUUAUUUCAGACUGAAGCCAAAGGAAGUGCAUGUUCCAGUGCUCUGCCCUAUUAAAAAUAUCCUGGCAUGCAGAAAACAAGGUGGCUGGAGAGAAGACUAGGCUGGAACCCCCUCCCUGACAUGGUAGCUGUCAGUGUAGAGGAAGAUUUGGGAAAGUAUUUGUACAUGCAAUUUCCCCCACAUUCAGUUUGCAAUGUUUGACAUCGUGUUGGGACCGACGUCUCCUUCACCCGAGCUGAAACUGGCCUUUUGUGAAGUCGGAGUCCUGCUUCCUGCAGGAGGGAAAGCAGCAGAGUGGGUGGAUGGACUGCUGGUGCACAACCAGCACAGGCAGUAGCAGCAGGCAGAGCAAGGUGCUUCACAACACAGAGGUCGCUGCCAGGAACCAAGAGGGGAAGAGGCCGGGAGGUCAGCACCGUGCAGCCGCAGCAGCGGAGCCAACUUGGCACUCCCGAUGCUGCGGCUGCACCAACCUCCCCUCUGUCUUUCCUCUCCUUCUCAGUUACCAGCAGCAACCUCUGCCGGGAAGCCAGGUGAACAGCCCCACCCACUGCUACUGUGCACAGAAGACAUAGGGCCCUUAAACAAUGUCUUCACCUACAAUCCAAGGUUGUUAAAAACAAUCAGUGGUGCCUGCAGAUCAGCAGCUCCCAACCCAAAGGCCAUCUCUUCUUUUGCUCUUCACGUGUCGAUUCCAUUGCUCUCACGUUGCUUUGCUAAAUGAGCACCAGACUAAGGGCACCUUCACGCUCACCCAUGGGUGCUCGAGAACUACUUUCCUGUGGUGCUGUCCUAUGCGAUUGGUGUGUUGAGGGCAUGGCGAGUCACUUAGUUCUUCCCCACUUGGCUAUGACGUGGUGGUGAUCAGGUGGGAAGGACCCACACAGUUGGCUUGUCCGUGCAUCUCCAGUAUUCAUAUGCAUGAGAGCUUCAUGGAUUGCAUCAUGGUAAAGCAGCUGUGAUGGAGGCAUGUGUGAAAGCGGGGAGUGGGGCAGGCUUACCACACAACAUUUGGCCUAGUGCAGCUGCUUUGCAACUAUUUUCAAUGGAGUUGUUCCAAAACGUGAGCAUUGGCUUUUUAGAGAGGCUGUGAGUCUAACUGAUCUGGUAGGCCCAGUAUCCUAUCUGUUAUGGUGGCCAGUACCAGAAGCAUCAAAGGAACACACCCAGUGAUCCUUUCUUUUAAAAAAGCAGCCGCAGCAGAAAGGGUUUGUUUGUAUAUGCUGUGACUUCCAAGUACAUUUACAAAUUUGACUGCAUUCUAACCAAACUUCCUCUGAUUGAACGCUGUGUUUGUUUUAAAGGAAUCAUGAAUUUUUAGUUUAGUAGCCAGUUUAUCUCUCUUUUUUAUUUAAAAACACUACGUUUCUUUUGCUCUCUUGAAGAAUUUUUAAAAGAGAGAGAAAGGAAAAAAUUCAAACCACAAUCACUGGAUAGCUAAUAAUUUUUUUCCUUUCUUUUUCGG